UCAGUUAGGAAAUAGCCUAGAAUGUCAUUAACUGGAUGAGUUUGAAUUUAUUUAUACACAAAAUUAUUAUAGAAUUGCAUUAAGAGUUUAAUUGUUAGAAAAACACCAGCAAAAUGCCGCCAAAACGAAAGUCAUCAAAGGGGAAGGCGAAGGAUAAGGAACUGAAUAAAAUAAGCCAAGUGGAUCGGACCUUCUAUGAGCUGCAAAUUACGGAUUUGAAUCAGAAGUUGGCCCGUCUGCGAGCUCACCUGGCCAGCAUCGAUGAGGCGAACGUGGUGAUGACUGCUAAAUUGCAGGAUAUAGAUCAUGAUCGCACCGAUGUCGCUGCCCAUUUGGAACGCACGCUGGCCGAGCGCAACAAUUCAAUAACCGAACUGGAGGAACGCCUUGUGGAGGUCUCAAAGGUGCGCAACGAGGAGAAUCGGGCGGCACAGGAGAAAAUCGGUGACUUGGAGGGAAAAUACAAGGCGAUGCAUGAUCAGUUGACAUCGGAGAUAAAACUCCUCAAUGGCAAGUUGAAUUCUUUGGAUGAGUUUCGCAUACAACGUGAUAUACUUCUGGCAAAGUUUGACGAUCAGGAAUCGGAAAUUAAGGAGAAGGAGAAGUUUCACAAGGAGGCACUGUACAACAUGGAACAGGCGGCCGUUGUCGAAAAGGAUGCGCUAAAGAAGGAGGUGGAGGCAAAGCUGCUCCAAGUCUCCGAGGACUUUACGCGCUCCAGUGAGAUUCGCAAUGCCGGGUAUACCCGACGUCUGAUCCGCGAGAAUAUUGCGCUGCAGAAGGAGAUUGAUCUGUUGGUGAUGUCCCAAAUCAAGAUACAACAACAGUACAACAACCAAAAGGAGAAGCACAAGGAAAUCAUGGAGCAGUACAGCGCUUUGGAUCAGAUUAAGAACGAACUGGUCCGCAAUUCGAUAAACAAGAUCAAGAUCAUCGAGGGCCUCACACACAACUAUGAGACUUUAAAGGCAAAGUAUGUGGAAGCUCUGCAAUACCGACGGGCCUACGAGGAGCAACAGGAAGCCGAGCUGUCUGUGGAUGAGAGGAACAAGGAUGCAGUCGGAAAGGUGCGAUCUCUGUGCCGUCGUCUAGAGAACAUGAUGCUUGAGAAGAAGCAUCUGGAGGCGGUGCAUGAUCAGCAUGAAGGAGAGAUUGUACGACUGCGGGGUAUCAUACAGCAGAUCAAGUCAACUGUACGGGAUGCCAUCAUAACGCAACAGGGUAUCACGCUAUUCCCGGAGAGACUUGAAGAGGCCAACGUCGAUGAUCCACAUGUCAUCAAGGAAGUCAGAGAGGAAGCGGUCUCUAUGAAUAAAUUGGCACGCAUCGAUCUUCUCACCCAGCUGAUGAACAUUGUCAGCUCCCACUCGUCGGAGUUGCCAAAGACUCCGUCGGUGGAGACCAUCGGCACGGUCACAUCCGAGCUGUAUACUCCCGGCAAAAUGGGUUUUAUGCCCCACAAGCCUAAGCCAGCUGUCUGUGAUCUAUUCGAGACUGAGGUACGCGAUAAAUUGAAAGAUCUCCAGGUGAAGCAUCCAGAAUGCCUGCUUAAGGGACAGGUUAAAGCUGGGGAACUUGAGAAAAUGGGCGAACGGGUGAACAUAAUUGAUGUUGAGCUGGGCACCACAUUAUAUGUGUCCUCAUCGCGAGAAGAUGACAUCGCGGAAGCAGAGGAAGAACCCCUCGAAGAGCCCGAAGGAUCAAGCAGCACUGUCUCUGUGAAGAAGGAGAGCAGCGAGGGUAGUGCUCCAGCACCAGCUCUUUUGCCCCUUACCAAAGCCGAGGAUACCUUCAAAAUGGUUGACACCAAGUCGGUACAGAGCUUGACAACAAUUGGCACCACCUCUGGUCUAACUGGUCUCACUGGCGAGGCUGAGGAUCUUGAUGAAGAGGAUGAGUUUGAAAUAAAUCUGUUUUAUUAGUUAAAUCGUGAGGGAAUUUUAGUUCGAUAUUUACUUUUGAAUUAGUUUAAUGUACAUAUUAAUAAAAUGUAUGCUCACUGCGAAAUUAA